CGUGAGAUUUCCGUGUCCGAGGUUAUGGAAACACAGAAGAACUGCGAUGUAAUCUUUUUUUUCCCUUUUUACUUUGAUCAAUUAUUUAUAUCUACCUACAUGUUGUUUCAAUCGCUUUUUUAAAAUACUUGAGCUAAUAACAAAUGGGUCUUAAUUAGGACUUCCAUAUUUGAUCAAUCGUCUGUAUUUGGAACUUGCAGUUGCCACUAAUAGGCACAAUAUCAAAUAUGGUCUGACCCAUUUGAAGAUCUAAGAUGGCUGAUUUCUCUUGCUGAUAAGAUGCACGGGAGAGUUGUUGCCUUGUUGUACAAGACGAAGCCGUGAAAGCUGUAGCUGCGGCAAUUCUAAGGUCAAGGGUUGGACUAGGAAGGCCACAACAACCAUCUGGUUCCUUUCUUUUCCUCGGUCCAACUGGUGUUGGUAAAACUGAGCUGGCUAAGGCUCUUGCUGAGCAACUCUUUUACGAUGAAAACCUACUCGUUAGGCUUGAUAUGUCGGAGUAUAUUGAUAGAUACACUGUUAGUAAACUUAUAGGGGCACCAGCUGGGUACUUGCUUAUAACUCAAGCCUCUUUUUAUGUGUGUUUGUGAUUAAUGGUAUAAUGGAAACUCAAAUGAUAGUACUUUGGUUUUUUAGGUACAUUGGUCAUGAAGGUGGACAACUAACCGAACCCGUGAGGAGACGACCUUACUGUGUUGUACUAUUUGAUGAAGUUGAAAAGGCCAAUGUUACUGUAUUCAACACGCUAGUUCAAGUGUUAGAAGACGGGAGAUUAACCGAUUCGCAUGGGAGGACAGUCGAUUUCAAAAACACAGUGAUCAUAAUGACUUCUAACCUUGGUGCUGACCACCUUAUUUCAGGGCUUACUGGUGAAGUGACAAUGCAAGUGGCUCGAGACAACGCAAUGAAAGAGGUGAAAAAACAUUUCAGGCCAGAGCUGUUAAACAGAUUGGAUGAGAUUGUGAUGUUUCAUCCUUUGUCCCACGAGCAUUUGACAAAAAUUGUUCAACUCCAAGUGAAUAAUGUUGCUAAUCGUCUUGCUGAGAAAGGUGUAUCUAUGACUGUUGCAUUGGACUACAUUUUAGCAGCGAGUUACGACUCGGUGUAUGGUGCUAGACCCAUUAGGAGAUGGCUAGAGAGGAAAGUGGUCACAGAUAUAUCAAUGAUGAUUGUACGAGAAGAAAUCGAUGACGACUCCAUUGUGUGCAUUGAUGUAAACGUGGAUAAAACUGAUCUUGUCUACCAAAUAGAUGAGAAUGUGGUUGCGAAGAAGACAGAGCAAACGUCAGAUGUUGUGAUUCAUUCACGGAAUAAGAGGGGAAGAAGCAAUGAAGAAACUUUAACCAAAAAAAUAAAAAGUGAAGUCAUAGUGAUAGAUUGAAGAAUGAUCAAGGAUUGAAAGUUAGAUUCAUAUAUCUCUACGCUCUGCUUUUUUUAUUUUAGUUUAUAUGUAAGAU